AUGAAUGGCUUCGGGGCUCGAACCUUUCUAACAGCGGUCUUGGCCUUUAGUCAGGUACACGCCUCUUGGCCACCCAUAACCGGCCACGACUUCGACUUCACCGCAGACUAUCAAUCUGGGCUUAAACUAAGCCCGUCUGAGCCACCAAAAACUGUUUUAUCCGCAAAGGAAAUCUUGUUUGAGCGACCGACAGUUGUACUCGCGGACCCGGAUACCACUGGGCGCGAUGAUCGGUAUAUCGCUUUCUUGGAAGUAUCAUACGUGCCGUGGAUCGACACGAUUGACGACACCAUUUACACCUUCCCCUGGAUUAAAACGAAUCUGAUAGUGACGGAGAAUGGCACGCUGAGUGAUGAGCUACGGGAAUCGAGAAGCAUAUACCGACCUGAUGACACACCCAGCUCGGAGGUGCGGAACGCAACUAUGCACGUCUGGAAGCAAAACCCCGAGCUGAUUCGCUUCAUCGAGGAGGACGAUUUUCCUAUAUUCUGGCAGCUGGCACGCGUCUGGUCUAACAGUACUAGCAAGGUGGACCUAAACUUCCCCCGCGCCAAUGUUGAUUUCAAGAUGCGCAAUGAGACCGGCGAAUUUAGGGGUGAUGUCGACGAAGACGGUGCAAAGAUUGACGGAUAUGUCUCGACUUCAACAUCGGCCAGUGCGACGGCAGCCCCGACUGAUGCGCCUAGCACUACUACUGGAUCUGGCUCGGCGCCGGGGUCUACGACAACGAGUGUGGGAGGGUCCACGGAGACUCCUAAUGCUGCUUCGUCUCAUAUUAUCUCAACUUGGCUUACCACGGUCUCGGGUAUAUUACUUUUCAUUUCUGCAAUCUGA